CGGCGACCGAAUAGACCCCUCCACCCCUCCUGGACAAUACCCCUCCUUUUUCGAUACCAUAGCUAGUACGAACUGAAUACAAGUGAUCGGUGAAAUGGGUUGAGAGGAGCUCUACCUUCAAAUGAGAUGAGCCCACACAAGCUACCCCGCGAUAAGCGAGCUAAAGCAUGCGAAGACAUUGCAGAAUCAAUAGCAUAAUGAAUCCCGAUAAGAUCAUGAAUACCCCUCAGUGACCGACUGAGCCACUGCUAGGUUUCACUGCUUAAAGGGAAUCAGUUCGCUGCGAAGCAACCUCCUCUUCAUCUCUUCCCGAACCCCGCACGAGUCUCCAGCAGCAGAUUUCAGAUCGUUUCACUCACCCGUCCCUCCCAAAGAACUGCGCAAGAAUCCUAUCACACAUCACAAUGGGCAAGAAGCGUGUUCUCGUCAGCUAUGGCGUCGACGUGGACGCGGUCGCCGGCUGGCUAGGAUCUUACGGAGGAGAAGACUCCUCUAACGAUAUCAGCAGAGGUUAUUUUGCCGGAACAAUUGGUGUUCAGCGGGUGCUCAAAUUCCUCGCCAAGUACGACAUCAAGGCCACAUGGUUCAUCCCAGGACACAGCCUCGAGACCUUCCCCGAGGACAUGGCCGCUGUUCGAGACGCCGGCCACGAGAUUGGGCUUCAUGGAUAUUCGCACGAGAACCCGACAGAUAUGACUAUCGAUCAACAAAGGGAAAUCCUUGAUAAGACAUAUCGCAUGCUUACAGAAUUUGCGGGCAAGCCUCCAAGAGGUAGCGUCGCGCCGUGGUGGGAAACAAGCAAGGAGGGGGCCCAGCUUCUGCUCGACUAUGGUAUUGAAUACGACCACAGCAUGAGCCAUCAUGAUUGUCAACCAUAUUACCUACGAACUGGCGAUGAAUGGACCAAGAUCGAUUACAAGAAGAAGCCUAGCGAGUGGAUGAAGCCCCUUGUGAGGGGACAAGAAACAGGGCUCGUAGAGAUACCGGCCAACUGGUACCUUGACGAUUUGCCGCCAAUGAUGUUCAUCAAAGAUGCACCCAAUAGCCAUGGAUUCGUCAAUGCCAGAGAUGUGGAGGAUAUUUGGCGAGACCAUUUUGACUACUUCUAUCGCGAGUACGACGAGUUCAUCUUUCCGCUAACAGUCCACCCGGACGUGUCCGGUCGUCCUCAUGCAUUACUUAUGCACGAAAGACUUAUUGAACACAUGAAGUCGCAUGAGGGGGUGGAGUUUGUUACGAUGGAGCAGAUUUGCGACGAGUUUAAGGCGAAGAAGGCGCCCGCGCAGGGAGCAGUGAUGCCUGCGGAGCCUGGCGCCAUGCUCAAGAAGGAAGUCAUAGGAGCAUAAAUAGUUUACCUACUUAUGUAAUGGACAUUAUAUCCGCAUUCUCAA